UCCGCUGGGGCUCGUCCUCUCGGCCGUGCCCUCACCGCCGCUGAGGGGAACCUCGCUUCCUCCUUCUCCUCCUCGGCCAAGGCGCCGGCCCCAUGGCUGGGGGCGCUGGGCCUGCAGCCUCCCAGCCGCGCCGUGCUCCCUAACGGAGCCCACGGAGGCUGCUGCUUGCGGGUCUCGUCCUGGUAUCGAAAGGAAAAGCCAAACAUGAGCCUUGUCCUGAGCUGAGCUACUUGCUUCUCCAGAAAGCUGGGAAGGAAGGGGACUUCAGAUGGGCCGUCCUUGCAUUUCAUGUUUCGUCAGCCCGGCAGUAUUUUGGGUUUGAUUCCAUCUUGCUCCUACCUGUUCCUGGACAGUGACGGGGAGGAGGAAAGGCUGCGUCCCACUAUGUCUCGUUACAGCAUUCAUAACCUCCUGGACUGGAUGUACGGGGGUGUGGACCCCAGCUUCGCUGGCAACGGAGGGCCAGAAUGCGCGGCCUUUCUCUCUGGGCAGCAGCGCUUUCUGGAGAGUUUGGUCUUCCUCAGCGUGGGCAUCGUGGAGAUCUUUCUGUCCCUGUGGAAGCUCAGGCAGCUGCAUUUCAGGGAGCUGGACAGCUAUCUGCUGCAACAGCCCCAGGCUAAGCAGGAAAGCUUGGGCAAGAAUGUGCUGCUGGUGCUGCUCUGUCUCAUCUUUGGGCUGGAGGUGGGGUUCAAGUUUGCCACCCGGACUGUCAUUUACCUCCUGAAUCCCUGUCAUGUGGUCACCAUGAUGCAGAUUUUUCUUCUUGCCUGUCCUCCAUGUCGAAUUGCAAUGAUUCUCUUCAGGUUGCAGAUGCAUAUGCUGAAUGGGGCCCUCUUGGCAUUGCUCUUUCCUGUUGUUAAUACACGCCUGCUUCCAUUUGAAAUGGAAAUAUAUUACAUCCAGCAUGUGAUGCUUUAUGUUGUGCCCAUCUACCUGCUGCGGAAAGGAGGUAUCUACACUCCAGAACCACUCUGCAAUUUCUGGUGGGCUCUUUUAUCUACGGGGUUUAUGUUUGUUUAUCAUUUUAGCAUCUUGCAGAUUCUGGGAUUGGUUACAGAAGUGAAUUUGAACAACAUGUUGUGUCCAGCCAUCUCAGAUCCUUUUUAUGGGCGCUGGUACCGAAUCUGGGCAUCUGGACAUCAGACUGUCAUGACCAUGACUCAUGGGAAGCUUGUAAUCCUUCUGUUUCACAGUGCUGUGCCCAUCUUUAAAUGUAGUGUGGACUUUCUUAGACUCCCAGCUAAGAAAAUAGACUGAACUUUCUCCCCAUGGAAUAGUGCAUACAGGAAGCAGAGAUACUUGUAUUGGAAAACAAAGAGGAGGGAUAAGGGGAAAAUGAGUUUAUACUUCUUCCCACAGUUUCUUGCCUCAGAACACCUCUCUAACUGAGUGAAGUUUUUUAUUUUUAACUGCUGUUUCUCACUGCCUAUUGCCAAUGGCAAAAUUAGUGGCCUUAUUCUGGGAAAGGUUUGUGUUUUAUACAUUUCAUGUAGAUUAUAGUAGAAUCUUGCUAAGCCACCAUUUAAAAUUAGGCCAGGAUCUGUCCACAUUCCAGCAGAGUGGCAGUGCUACCUCGUUUUGACUUCUUUUCCAUUAAAUAUAAGUCCACAUACAUCACAGGAUCGAAAAUAAAGCCGAAUUACUACACUCCACUGACAUGAA